AGAGUAAAAAUGUGCUCCUACAACCAAAUCCUCCCUAAGAAGCCAAUGGGCAGACAGUUUCCUCAGGCUACGUUAAUCUGACAGAAGAUGCGAGAAACCCGAUGAGAAGGGUUGGCAGAGGGCAUUAGUAACGGUACCCCUUGGAAGGAAAACAAAACAAGGCUGAUAAUAGUGACUUGUGUUUCAUCAGACAAGCCACACCGCCUCUUGGAAAGGACUUUGAUUCUCCUUCAGAACCAGGGACCCUGUGACUUACAGGGCUAGACUGCACAUGACAGCAGAGAUGAAUGACCCUGCUGGGACCAAGCACUGAAGGUUGAUGAGACACAACAUCUCACAGCAGGAGCAUUCAAAAUUCAGGCCUGUGACAGAGGAAGUGCAACGAGGGAAGGAUGAAUCUGGUGUUUCAAGAAGGAAGGAGGUUGAAGAAAAGUGAAGUAGUUUGAGGAAGAGCAUGGAAAAAAGCACUAAGGUUUAUGAAGAAAUAUUUGGAACGAGGAAAUCCUGCAAGUGAAAAGAAGUAACCACAAUGCUGGAUUUCCUAUAGAGAUAAAUAUCACUGAUGCACAAAGCUCCUGUGUUCCCUCGAUUAGCAUACUGUAGGUGGAACCCGAAAACACUGGAUAAUGAAUCUUAUGGCAAGAGCCCUGUACGACAAUGUCCCCGAAUGUGCAGAAGAACUGGCCUUCCGCAAAGGAGACAUUUUGACAGUGAUAGAACAGAACACUGAAGGCCUUGAAGGAUGGUGGCUAUGCUCCCUGCACGGCCGACAAGGCAUUGUUCCAGGCAACCGUGUGAAACUUCUGAUAGGUCCAGUGAUACAGGACAGUCCAUCUGCCCAGGAAAUGCCCAGUUCAGGACUGAUGCAUCAAUCCUUCAACCAGCAAAAGAUCUAUCAAGUGCCAAGCUCACAUGCCUCAGCACGGGACCCUGUCUACCAAGUGCCACCUUCCCAUCUGAAUCAGGGAAUUUACCAAAUACCCACUGGUCAUGGUCUUGUGGGACAAGAUGUUUACCAGGUGCCACCCUCCAUGCAGAGAUGUAUUGAUGGUCCAGUUCUGGCUAACAAGGUAAUAACUCCAGUCAGGUCAGGACAAGGUUAUGUUUAUGAAUUCCCUUCCAAAUACCAGAAGGAUACCUAUGAUAUCCCCCCGGUUCGCCCUCUCCAAGGGAUAUAUGACAUUCCUCCCACAUCAGUUAAGGGGCCUGCACUUCCAGUUCCAAUGGGAGAAGCCAAAGCUUUAGGAGUCUAUGACAUACCACCCACCAAAGGGGUCUAUUCUACACCUCCACUUGCAUGCCGAGACGAUACAGGCCUGAGGGAAAAUUUUCAGGAUUUUUCAUCUCCAAUGGGCCACAGUGUAAGACCAGAAGGAGCAUAUGAUAUUCCUCCUCCCAUCACCAAAACAACUGGGAAAGAAGUUAAAUUUUCUCCUGAGAGCUUUUCAUUGCCAGAUGGAGUGCAACAGAAACAAAAUGUUUAUGACAUCCCUAUGAACCAUCAAAACCAUUUUCUUGGACAGCAAAUUGCACCUCAAAAAGAUGUUUAUGAUACCCCAAGGGGAAUUGCAUUCCCAGGACAACAGACAGGACUCAAUGAAAGUCUCACUCCAGAAGGAGGAGAAGGUGUUUAUGAUGUGCCACCACCAGUCCUCCAAGACACUAAAGGCUUACAGGAUGUGACUGAUGGGAUAAAUAGGUUGUCUUUCUCCAGCACAGGAAGCACGAGGAGUAACAUGUCCACAUCUUCAACAGCAUCAAAAGACUCUUCUUUCUCAGCAUCAAGUGCACAGGACAAAAGACUAAUCCUUGAUCCAGACACUGCUAUAGAGAGGCUUUAUCGCCUCCAGCAAAUGGUGGAGACAGCGGUCAAUAAUCUCAUGGCCUUCGUUACAGCAGACUGGCGGUCUUAUGGAUAUAUGGAGAAACACAUCAAUGAAAUUCACACCGCUGUGGAUAAAGUAGAGCAGUCGCUGUUGGAGUACCUCCAGUUUGCAAAAGGAUCAGCAGCCAAUGCUUCCUGCCUGUCUGAGUUCAGCCUCCUUAACAAAAUGAGGAGGGAGGUGCAAAGGCUGGAGGACUCUCACCAGAUCCUUACCCAAACCAGUCAUGACUUGAACAGCUACAACUGGUCUUUGAAUGUUCUAGCUGUCAACAGACUGCAGAAUAAGUGUGAUGACCUGGAUCGGUUUGUUAUGGUGGCAAGGACAGUUCCGGACGAUGCCAAGCAACUGACCACUACCAUCAGCGUCAACGCAGAGGUGCUCUUCAAACAGGCACUGAGCAGCUCGCGUUUCAAGAACAUACCAGAGAAUAUCACGAAUACUGCUGACUAUGUAUAUGACAAUCCUCACAUGCAGCAUCAUGGAGAAAAAGCACAGAACUGCAGUUCCUUUCCUCCGCUCCUGAGUAAAGUUCACCACCCUCACAGUGCCACCAUUGAGAGCUCGGAAAAGAGCUGGAUGGAUGACUACGACUAUGUUCACCUGCAGGGGAAAGAAGAGUUUGAAAGGCAACAGAAGGAGCUGCUGGAAAAAGAAAAUAUUAUCAAGCAGAGCAAAAUGGAGCUAGAGCACCAUCAGAUCAAUCAGUUUCAACGCCUGGAGCAAGAAAUCACAAAGCCAGUAGAGAACGACAUCUCAAAAUGGAAGCCACCCCAAGCUCUCCAGACUGCAAACAGCACCAUCACCUCCCACGACAGCCAGCUGCUUUUAUUCUAUUCAGACCAAUUCGAGACUCACUUCAACUCCCUCCUAAAUGCCAUCGAUGCCUUUUUCAGUUGUGUCAAUGCUUCUCAGCCCCCCCGAAUCUUCGUGGCUCACAGCAAAUUUGUCAUUUUGAGUGCUCACAAACUUGUGUUCAUUGGGGACAUGCUCACAAGGCAAGUGACAACUCAGGACAUACGCAACAAAGUGAUGAACUCCAGCAACCAGUUGUGUGAACUGCUGAAGAGUGUUGUUCUGGCUACCAAGACGGCUGCCUUGCAUUACCCCAACACAGCAGCCCUGCAGAAGAUGGUGGACCGAGUAACAGAUCUGUCUCGUCAUACACAGUUGUUCAAGCUCUCGCUGGUCCAAAUGGCAUCUUUGUGAAACCCAGUGGAAUCCAGUCUGUGAGCAGCAAAACAGAGAAGCAAGCAAACUGGAGCUAUUUUUAUGUAAAUGUCAUCAUUUAUUUUUUUUAGAUAUUUUUUAUGAUAUAUUUUAAAUACAUUCUUAUGCAUUAGAGAAUAUAAUGAAAUCAGGGAUCUGGGAAUAUAUCUGGUUCUGUAUUACGUUUCUAAUACGCAUUUAGAUAUGCAUACACUGCAUAUAUGUAUAUGUCGCUACAUUCCCUAAGACAUCAAUUAAGCACCUUAAAAAUUAUGUGUCGGGUAAGCAGUGCGUAUCUUUUGUAUAUACUGCCUAUUUCCUAGGUAGAUUUGUUAACUGGAUGCUGCACUCUUCUUGUUUCAUUCCAUCUUGAUUUUGGCACAUGGACUUUGUUGCGAAACCUACUUGUAGCAAUCCAUGAAGCAAGUGUAAUGGUUCUCAUAGAACUCCAUUCCCUUCUUAGAAAUUACUUUCUAUAGGUUAAAUCCAUAAAAUGUAACUCUCCUGUUGAUGUUACUUUAUGUACAGCAUUUGAUCGUUUUGAGUAGCAUAUAUGCACAACUACAACAAGCAACGUAUCAAGCAAGGUGUCCAGUGUUUGGGAGAAAAGCAUUUUCAGGCAAUAUAUAAGCAGGCCUUUCUAGGGAGAAAGGUGGAAUCAUAUAUAUUUAAUAUCUUGUGGCAUUCACAUUUUGCUAUUUCUAAUAACUGUGCAACAUUGGAUUUCAAAACCUGGAUGGAUUCCCAACAAUGUAAACUCAUACAUGUUUACCUUGUAUGUCCUUGCACUGGCAAUUAAAUUUAACAGUCAGGCUCAAAAGCCUUAUUUUUCAUGGACUCAGAGUUAUCCUGAGAGCAUACCAGGAUCCACUGGGCUUAACUUUGAGGCUGCAGAUGAGCAGCGUCUCUAAACAUCAGUCCUUUCCAGAGGACAUACAAAUAACAUACAAAUUGUAACUCAUUUUGUAUGUAAUUUAACAUGCAAAUUGUAACUUAUAUGGAAAGAAAACAUUUGAGGAGAUAUUUAAACAUCUUAUAGCAUAUACACAACCUAAUGAAGAAAUAGCACUUGUUUUUCUAGGUUAUAUUCUUGGAAAUUAAUUGCAUCUACUGCAAUUCUGACUUCCAUUCAACUACUGAGCUUCUUUUUCCAAAUUCUGUCGCAUAGGUGAUGGUCCUUCUGCACUACACUGUGGCUGAUUAUCACCUCCUGUUGUAAUGGGGUUAUUCCAUCAGUAGAACGUGCAAUCCCAUUCAUCUAAAUUUUCAGUUUAGACCCUUAAAAAAAAGUUAGCAGAGUGGUAGGCUCCUUUAGAAAUUUCAUUUAUGCUGGCUGCGCCAAAACACACAGAAGCUUAUUUGUCUUCAUUGCCUUUUGUGAACCCCCUAAAAAUAAGUCGCAGGAGCCUGUUUGCCUGUGGUGCUUUAGACUAAAAGCCAUGCUUCAGAGGGUGCAAUAGCUCAGGUGAAUUCCAGGUGAUUCUGGCAUUUUUAAAGCAGAAACACUACUGCCCUUGCAUAAUACAGGGUAGUCCUGUAUUGAUGUGUUCUGAGCAUUUGCAUCAGUGAGCAGGUCACUGGUAAAUGCAGAGUCAUCAGAUGAGUAGCACCUAGAAAACAGGCACUUAUGCCUAACUUAUUUCUUUCCUAGUUUGUAUCCAAACGUGUGCCUUACUGAAAUGGGAUUGGUUGUCUUAGAUAUCAAACCUAUUUCAGCAGUAUAUGAAACCUUGUAGCCUUAAUGUAUUGUCUCAGAGUGAAGCUACCAUAAUGUCCCUUCCAGAGUCUGCAGAACAUUCCUGGAAGAGCAGCGGGAGCCAGCACAACCUUAGUUGUCCCAGAAUUGUCUCCAGGCCUUAGUUCUGGCAGAACAUUCAGGAAGGGCUCUUAUCCAGUUGUAACCAACAGCCAGGGCCAAAAAGCAAUCUAUGUGAAUCUGUUUUGUACUAGUGCUGUUUGGGAUUCUUUUGGAUUUCCUUGUCCAUUUUUUCACUGUAUAUUCUUAGAAAGUGAAAAAGUGUUUUGAAGCUUAGUGGUUAAGUUGAUAGUUUGUGCCUUCAAAAGGAGAAUCUUUACUGCGAGUCUGUACUACAGUUUGUUACCUUGUAGAGGAUCAUUUUAAAAUUAUUAAAUUACUAGCUUUUUUAUAUAAAAAAGGCAACACUUGGUC